CAAAUAGAAGUAAUGACCCCAAUAAGGAAGCAGGCAAGGUACAAAACUCUCAGUCUUUUGCUGUCACACACAACAUCCUGACACAGGAUUUAAGAUGGCGUUCUUGCUUCUACUGGGGAUGCUGACAGCAUGUGCUGCUGUUCCACAAGAUCUGUCAGGUAAAACGUUCACCUUCCCACAGCAAACCAGCACAGCUCACGUGAGGCUGACUACAUCAAAACAGGAUUUCAGUGCUGUUACCGUCUGUCUCAGGUUCUUUACAGACCUCCGAAGAGACCACUCCCUUUUCUCUUUGGCCACACCUUCUAAUGACAAUGACUUCCUCAUUUUCAAGAGUGGUGCAAAUGAUGAGAUUGAUCUCUAUAUCAGGGGCAAUCAUGCAAGAUUUGGGGGGCAAGAGUACAAGCUGAAUAUGUGGCAGUCUAUUUGUUCUACAUGGAACUCUGCAUCUGGAGUGGCACAGCUGUGGCUGGAUGGAAAACCCUCAAGUAGGAAAUUCUUCAGCUCUGGAUCAAACAUCAGAGGACCCAUCAUAAUGGUUUUAGGACAGGAGCAAGAUUCCCAUGGUGGGGCAUUUGACAUCAACCAGUCCUUGGUUGGCAUGACGUCUGAUGUCCACAUGUGGGACUACAUUCUUUCUCCCUGUGAGAUCCACAACUAUGUGGAUGAACUAAACUUCACUCCAGGGAAUGUGCUCAACUGGAGGAUGCUGGACUUCCAGAUUGUAGGAAGAGUGCUGAUAGAAGAUAAACAAAAAAUCUGUUACUAAUAGCCUGGAAAAAAAAUCAAUGCCUUGCAAAAUCAAUGUUGCUAAUGUUGCUAAGUAAGUUCAUGAUUUGCUGUUGCACUAAAGUUUGUGAAACUGAAAUUGGCUGAAGAUGAAAAUAAAGUUGAGAUUGCACUGAGAGUACCAGUGCUAUAUGUGA